ACCUCAAAACGAGUAGCAGUAUUAUCUGAUAAGGCAAUAAUGGCUAAUCGACCUGCAUUGCUCUCUCUUUCGCUUUGCUUUUUUCUUCUGUUGCAAGGCAGCUUAGCCACAAGCACCUCUCGCUCUCGCUCUCGUUCACGCUCUCAGGAGUCAUUGCGCCAGCAAAACGAGUGCCAAAUCGACAGGCUUGAAGCCCGAGAGCCAGACUGCCGUGUUCAGGCCGAGGCCGGACUCAUCGAAUCAUGGAACCCCAACCACGAGCAGUUCCAAUGCGCCGGUGUCGCCGUCGUUCGCUACACCAUUGAACAAAACGGCCUUCACUUGCCAUCUUACACCAACACUCCUCAACUCGUCUACGUUGUGAAAGGAAGAGGUAUUCUAGGUAUCACUUUCCCUGGAUGUGCUGAGACUUUCGAAGAGUCCCAACGAGGACAAGGACAAGGACAGAGCCAGGGUUCCCAGCCCGACCGCCACCAGAAGCUCCGACACUUCAGAGAGGGUGACAUUCUUGCCAUCCCUGCCGGAGUUGCUUACUGGAGCUACAACAGUGGCGACCAACAACUUGUCUUUGUUUCUCUUCUUGACACCAGCAACGUCAACAACCAGCUUGAUGACAAUCCCAGAAGAUUCUACCUAGCUGGAAACCCAGAAGACGAGUUUGAGCAACUAAGAAGGGAAGGAGGACGAGAAGGCCGCUUUGAGAGCCGCCGGGAACAGCGCGAGGGCUCAUCAGAGAACUACAGGAACAUCUUCAAAGGGUUCAACAGCAGAUAUCUUGAGGAGGCAUUCAACGUAGACUCAGAGACCGUUAAGAGGCUCCAGGGCCAAAACGACGACAGGAACAGCAUCAUCAGAGUCAAGGGAAGGUUGGACUUGGUGAGCCCAUUGAGGUCAAGCCAGGAGCAGCAACGGGAGGAGAGGUCGGAAGAAGAGAGGCAGAGGGAGAGGGAGCAAGAGCAACGCAGAUACAGCCGCGGCGGACGCUACGAAGACAAUGGCUUGGAAGAGACCUUCUGUUCCAUGAGGAUCAGGGAGAACAUCGGUGACCCUUCACGCGCCGACGUCUUCACCCCUCAGGCCGGCCGCAUCUCCACCGUCAACAGCUUCAACCUCCCCAUCCUUCGCUUCCUUCAACUCAGCGCCGAGAGAGGCGUCCUCUACAAGAAUGCGAUAUACACCCCACACUGGAACGUGAAUGCUCACAGCGUGAUGUACGUGCUGAGGGGACGAGCUAGGGUUCAGGUGGUGAACCACAUGGGACAGAAGUCCUUCGACGGAGAAGUGAGGCAAGGGCAGAUCCUGACGGUGCCACAGAACCACGCCGUGGUGAAGCAGGCGAACAGCGAAGGGUUCGAGUGGGUGUCAUUCAAGACCAACGACAAUGCGUGGAUCAGCCCCUUGGCCGGGCGCACCUCAGUCAUCCGGGCUCUUCCCGAGGCAGUCCUGGCCAACGCUUUCCAGAUCUCCAGAGACCAGGCCAGGAACCUCAAGUACAACAGAGAGGAAACCUUCCUCUUAACCUCAUCCUCUUCUUCUCGCCGUGAUGAGGACCGAUCUGAGAGGAGGGCUACUGCCUAAAUUAAUCCAAUUAACAGUGCAUUAAUACUAUAAUGUAUAACUACAUUAUUAGUAUAUGGCAUUACCGUUUUGAGGUACUUUUGUAGUUUUUAGAGAAUAAGAAAAUGGCCUUUAAUUUAGUCUUAUGAUGAUGGGGCUGUUUAUGCUUUUCUUUCUUUCUUUCUUGUACAAGCAGAGCUUCUACUAUGUACGUAGCAAUAAUAAAUAAUAAUACUACUUCUAGUCGUA